AUGGACCUCAAUGGGGUCAAGAGGAGGGACACCACCAAAGGACCUCCUCUUCGCAUUCUAUCUCUAGAUGGUGGAGGGGUUCGCGGCUAUUCCAUGCUCAUUAUCAUCCAAGAGCUUAUGCACCGCACAUACGUCGAGAUUGAAGGAAGAGCACCACACCGAAACGAGAUCCCAAAGCCAUGCGACCACUUCGACCUUAUCGUCGGAACAGGAACUGGCGGCCUCAUCGCCCUGAUGCUCGGCCGGCUGCGCCUUGACUUGGAGACAUGCAAGCAGUUGUACGUGAGGCUUACACGCAUGGUGUUUGAGACGGACAAAACCAUCGCCGGAAUACCCUAUCGAUCAACACUUUUCAAGGCGUCGAAGCUGGAGGAAGCCAUCAGGGAGGCUGUCAGAGAGCACACCGUCUACGAGAAGGAGGGCAACGAUGGGACUGAGAGCGACAUGAUUAGCCCCCUCAACUCGGCCUACUCCAACUCAUCUGGUCCUCGAAGACACACCAGCAACGCGAGCACUGUCAGUUUCAGCGCUCGCAGCCCCCAGGCUCAGAUGGCCCGCCCCGCCUUCAACUCGCGUUACGGCAAUCCCAAUGCCAGGCUCUACGAUGCUAGAGAAACGAGAACAAAAACGGCUGUAUUAGCGAUGUAUAGAGGCUCGCGCAAGGGCAGCCCCCCAGCCAUUCUGCGAUCCUACGAUUCGAGAAGAGAGCCCCCGCCCGAGUUCGACUGCAAGAUUUGGCAAGCUGGCCGCGCAACGUGCGCCAUCGGUCUCGCCUUCAAGCCUAUCCAAAUCGGGCAAUCUGUUUUCCACGACGACGGCGCCGGCACCUUUAACCCCGCCCCGGAAGCCCUGGACGAAGCAGUACUGAAUGAGUGGCCUGGCCGCGAGGUAGGCGUAUUCGUCAGUGUCGGAACAGGUAGACGACCAAAGGGCAGCGACGCCAAUCAGCAUGUCUGGUACGAAGGUUUUAUGGGAGACUUCGCCGAGGCACGCCGGAAGCUCAUUUCUAAGAUCGAGGGCUGUGAGGCGAUUCACGAGCAAAUGAGGAAAGAGCACCUUGCAAAGAGAAACGUCAGCGUCGACAACUACUAUCGUCUGAACGUGGAGGUCGGUGUUGGCGAGUUUGGCAUGAACGAGUGGCACCGCCUGGCCGACAUCAGUACUGGCACACGCCAGUAUCUCAGGCGGGAAGUUGAGCAGAGGAUGGUGCAGGGCGCGUCUGCGAAGCUGGCCAAAAUUCACAAGGCGAACAUCCGCUUUAAUCGCGCCUUGCCGGAUGUGCCCGAACUGGUCAAGUCCACGUCGGAGGCUAGUGAGCCAUUUGCGGUAGAGCUGCCAGCCGAUAUCCCUUCGUCGUGGCCGCCACACAACACACCGCCUAGCCGUCAGUCGUACGAAUCUGGAAUGGAAAACUUGCAUGUCCCUUCGCCCAUGAGCCCUUCCCCAAGAAGCUCUGGCGAGAGAUUACAAGCACCACAAUCCCUCAAGGUUGGGACACCACCUGUUGGGCAGCGGCCAUACCCGCCGCCGCCAAGUGCGCACUCGGCGGAUGAUGACGACGAAGUCGAUCGCUUAGUUGUUACGGCGCCUACACCAGCCCAGUACAGAUACGCCGCCGGCGCCGACAAGAUUGCUAUCAUGAGCCCAGAUGAGCACCCUAGAUGGCAGAGCCCGCCGCCUAACGGACAUGUGCAGCAGUCGCAACUGCCACGUAUCCCUCCGCCGCUACCCCCGAAAACACCACUUCCGGAACAUCAAAUGGCUGGAGGCCGUCGCCCCAAUACCGCCAAUCCUCUUCCUUAUCCCGUUGACGACGAACCCCCACCAGUGAAUAUGGCAAGGAAGCCAGACUACCGUGGAAGAUAG